AUGCUGUGCCGACCGCUGCCCGUGUUUCCUCUCUUCCGCCACACGGCAGCUCGCUCCUGGUGCUCGUGUGGCCACAGACUUGCAGCAGCAGCGGCAGGAGCCCCCAAUACAGCAUGCGCCGCCACCGCCGCCACCGCCGCCCAGGCGACGGCAGCGACGGCCUCUGACCAGUGGCCAGGCCUGCAUGAGUGGAGGCUGGCAGACGCAGACCUGCGGACAGUGUGGGGCGCCAAGGGGCCUGUUCCACCGCAAGCAGAUGAGCGAGGGACAGCAGCAGCAGCGUUCGAGCCAGCGGGACUGCCAGCCUCGCUCGCAGCGUGUGGCAGAGAAGUAUUGCUGUCUGCAGAUCCACGAAGGAAGGCGGCACUGACAUUUGCGGCAUGGCGAGCUUUCAAGGCAGGAACGCUGCCCAUUGGCACAGCUGAUCCGCUGGAGGGACCUCCGGCACGCCCAGCCAAGCCUGAGCUUGUACCGCCACGCCAGAUCCCCUCCAUGGACAAGAGCACGCUGCCAAAGAGUGUGUACAUGCUGCACAACUUGACGCAUGUGGAGCUGAAUGCUGUUGACCUGGCAUGGGACACGGUUGUGAGGUUCUCGGCCUUUGGGCUGCCUGCAGACUUUUACUCCGACUUUGCCAGGGUGGCCGACGACGAGAGCCGCCACCUGAGCUGGUGCCUGCAGCGGCUGGAGGAGCUGGGGUUUGAGUAUGGCUGCAUGCCGGCGCACGACCUGCUGUGGGAAGGGUGCCAGCUGUCGCAGCACGAUCUGGGCGCCCGGCUGGCCGUCGUACCCAUGGGGCAGGAAGCCAGGGGGCUGGAUGCGGGCGACCGGCUGGCCAAGCGGCUGGUUGGCAUGGGUGACAACCGCACCGCGGCGAUUGUACGCCGGAUCGCCACGGAAGAGAGGGCUCAUGUGGCAGUGGGCGUCGCAUGGUUCAGCCGCAUCUGCGCCGCGCUGGGCGUGGAGCCAGGCCCCUCCUUUCAGAAGCUGCUGCUGACGCUCACGCCGGGGCUGCUCAAGGGGCCCUACAACGAUGCCGAGCGCCAAGAGGUGGGCCUGCCUCAGCAGUGGUACUUUACCGCACUGUGGGAGCCAGACCUGCGGCAGGCGGCGGCAGAAGUGCUGGCAGCGGCGGAGCGGGGCGGCCAGCCUGCGCCGCUCCCGGCCAGCAUGCGCAGCGGCACAGCGCUGGCGCCGGUGCGAGAACCCGAGAAGUUGCGGCAGCUGGCAGCCCGGCUGGCGGCCGUGCUGGACCUGGAGCUGGCUGCGUCGCGUCCCGCGUAG